AUGGAUGUCUAUUGGGAAUUAUCCGAUUUUGAUAUACACAAUCGUCAACAAGGUAUGGAAAAAUUAUUGAAAUCAUUCAAAACAUUAUCAUCUGAUGAUAACAAUGAAAAGCAUUUAUCAUCUGAAUUGGAUUAUACUAUUUCACGAUUAAUCAAAGGUCUUGUAUCAAAUCGUAAAUGUGCUCGUAUUGGUUAUGCUGCAACUCUUGGCACACUGGCAAGUCUUACGGAUGAUCAAUUGCAAAUACCCUCAGUCGAUGAUUUUAUUUCAUUAGUACAAGAUAAAUUAACAACAAAAAAGGAAACUGGCGUUGAAGAUGCGAAAAAUGUUCGUAUUGGUCGUGUACUUAGUUAUAUUGCAUUGGCUUACACACAAAAAGACAAUAAUUUAUCAAUUUUAUUACAAAAAAUCAUACCUGAUUUACUUUUAAUUCGUACACAAGAAACACGACGACGAUUAAGAACAUUUAUUGAUGCAUCAAUUGUUCAAUUAGCUAAAUGGAGUGAUCGUAAAUUGUUCAAAAAAGAAAUUUUACCUCAUAUUCAAGAACUUCUACCAACAAAUUGGCAAGUGGGUGAUGAUGGAACAAAAUCUUUAUUUUUAUUUGUUUCAUUAGUUAAUCUCUAUCCAAAAAUAUUCAAUCAGGAAUAUUUUCAAUCACAUUGGAAUGAUGAUAUGUUACCAUUAGGAAAAACAAAUGAUCAACAAACGAUAAUAAAAAAAUGUUUACAAUCAUUUGAUAAUGAACUUCAUUUACUUCAACAAUUAUGUCAAGAAUUACUUAUCUAUGCAAUUCGUACUCAACAAUUAGCAUUAUUUUGGCCUGUAAUUGUUGAUGAAUUAUCAAAUAUUGGAUUUGAUUCGAAUAAAGGACAUAUUUUACUUGAUUUAAUAACAUUUUGUUUUCACGAACAAGAAAAUCCGAAUUCGAUUUAUACGAUUGAAACUAUUCUUGAUAGUAGUCAAAUAUUAUUUAGUAAAAUAUUUGAUUUAUUAUCAUCAUCAGGACGAAAAAUACAUCAACAAGCAUCAAUUGUAUUAUCGAAAGAUGCUUUUGAAAAACUUGCACAUACAAUUGCUAAUCGACCAUUGGAAGAACGAUUACGUUUAUUUGAAAAAUUAUUAAAUUGUGCUAAUAAAAAUUAUACAUAUAUUCAUUCAAUAGCUAAUGCUGUUACAGAAAAGUUAACUAUUGAUGAACUACCAGUCUAUGUUAAAUAUAUCAUUGGUUUAUUCUGUGCAGUUUCUAAAGAAGAUGAAAGUGCUCUUAAUCGUCGUCGACAUUUUCUUCUUGAAAUACUUUCGAAUGUAUGUAAUUGUUCAUCAUUCGAUUUAAAAGACAAUUCAUGUGGUUUACUCUUCGAAAAUAUUCUUGCAAUGUGUGUUCUUCUAGCUAACUUUAAAUUACAUAAUCAUAUACCAAAACAAUUUCGUGAAUUUCUUCAUGGAAAUAUUGAAAUUUCAGAUGUAACACGAGAACAUAUUGAAGAUACUAUAUACAAAUUUCUUAUGUAUGAAUUUCAUGAAAAUCAAUAUGAACACAGUUUAAAUGUAUUUCAAAAAUCAAUCCAUUGGUUUCAAUCAACGAAACAUUUUUCACCAUUAUUUAAAAAUGUCGAUGAAAUAAAACUAUAUUUAAAUGAACAAAGUGAAGAAUUAUUUCAAAUUAUUCAAGGAAAUACGGUUCAAUCAUUUCCUGAUGAAAAACUUCGAUUAGCAUUUCGACAAGUAUUUGUUUUAAGUUUUUACGAUCUUUUUGUUGAUUUUAAUCGUGCCAAACAGUAUCUUGAUGAUUUGAUUACAUGUGUAAAAAAUGCUCGUAUUCAACUUGUUUUAAAAAAGAAAGUUAAAGAAAAAUCAUCAUGGAUUGAAGUAUUUAUUGAUAUACUUUUAUCAAUGGAUACUAAAAAACAACAUGAUAUUCGAUCAAUUGUUAAAAAAAUUUAUCAUCAAAUAGCACCUUAUGUUAAUGAAAAUGCAUUGAAAUUGAUGCUUCAAACGAUUACUGUGGAAAAUGAAAGUGAUGAUGAAGAUGAAGAUGAAGAUGAAAGUGAUGAUGAUAGUGAAUCGAAUAUUGAAGAAGAAGAAGAAGAAGAAGAAGAUGAACUUAUUGAAAAUGGUGAUGUUAAUGAAGAUCUUCGACAAGCUGUUGAAAAAGCACUUGGUGAUGCAGCAGCAAAAGAAGAUCAACCAAAUGAUGUGGAUAUGGAUGAUGAAGCUAUGCUUCGUUUAGAUCCACUUAUUGCUGAAGCAUUUCGAUCACAAAUUAAAAAAUCUUCAAAUAUUAAAAUAAUUAAUGAAAAACUUCAUCAUCAAUUUCGUGUACUUGAUCUUAUUGAAUCAGUUAUUAAAAAAGAUGAACGUAUGCGUUUUGUUUUAAUAAGUAUACGUCCAUUAAUUGAAACAUUAACACGUUUACCAAAUACAUCUGCAUAUAAAACAAUGAUUGAACGACUUGAUUCUAUUUUACGUCAUUUAUCAAGUCGAAAAAUUGGUCAUUCGGAUAUGCCAACAACUGAUGAAUGUAUGGAAUUAUUUUGUUAUUUAACAUCAUUAGCUGGUAGUCGAACAAAAUUGACUACUGAAACAUUAUCAAAAGUAUCAAUGUUUGUCAUUAAAUUAUGUUUACAUGUGGGUAAACUUGAAAAUAGAUUAGCUGGCGUCGAAGAAACAAUUUUAACUAUGUAUGAAGGUGGAUUUCUUCGUUUUCUUCAACCUAAUUCGACAAAAGAAAAAUCCGAGAAAAAAAAGAAUAAACAAAAAAACGAUGAUGAAGAUAAUGAUGAACCAAUUGUGCGUCAAUCUGUUGUUCAUCCAAGUAUUAUUAAAGAAUUUCUUUUACGUUUUUCUGAAUAUGGUACACGUCUUAUGUUAUUAAUGGUACAAACAGCUUUGAAAGAAACUGUUAAUUGGAAAAAACGAAAUAUCGUUUGUGGUACAUUGAACAAUUUUUUAAAUAAAAAACAAUUGGACAAUUUGGAUGAAAAAUUAUUAAAAGCAACGAUUGAUCUACUUGUUACGAUGUGCAAUGAUUCAAAAUCAUCAAAAAUGGAAUCAUUACAUGUUAUAACAGUAUUAACACAAAAAUUAUUACUUAUUCGAAAUCCAACAUUAACUGACAAACAAGCAUUAACUUUACUUAAUGCUAUUUCAGUAGCAAUUAAAACAAAACCAAUCAAUAGUGAUAAACAACGUAAACAACUUCUUAAUCUUUUACAAUCAUUUAAGAAAAGAUUUAAAUUAACAAUCAAUGAAGAAAUCAUGAAUAUGUUGACCAUGAAACGAAAAUCAUCAUCAAUUACAACAGCAAAUAAUGAAACAAAUAAUAAGCCAAAAAAAUUGAAAACAAAUCCUACAAAUAUCUCCAAUGGAGAUAAUAAAGAAUCUAUUGUCGAUUGUCGACAAAUCCCAUUUAAAGGAAUUAGUGUUAAAACAUAA